UGCAGCUCGGAGGAGCCGCCUCACUACUCGGUCCCGGUCCCCAGGCCCAAGGCCGGACCUUCCCGCCCGUUAUUUCUGUUGGGCUGAAGAUUCGGAUUAAAAUUCAAAAAAAGUCUCGCGCCGCAUCCGGGUCCCGAGCCUGACGUAAAGUUACUCCGUGACUCAAAGGUGACUUUCCAUCGUCCACCCAUCACCCGCGUUUUUAAUUUUUUAAAAAUUUGUGUCAACCGAAAGCUGUAACCGGAAACAUCCAAAUCGCCGAUAAAUAACUGCACGAGAUCGGGCUGUUUUAUCUCAGUGAUCGGAGUGGCGAAUGUGCGGGCGGGAGACCAGAUUCGCGGCGGGAACAGGGCUUCGAUGCAGUAACCUUUCCCAAGGCCUAAAAACAUAGUUGUAAUGGCAGCACAAAUAUCAGAAACAGACCAGAUAAAACAGUUUAAAGAAUUUCUGGGCACAUACAACAAACUUACAGAGCACUGUUUUAUGGACUGUGUAAAGGAUUUCACAACUAGAGAUGUGAAAACAGAAGAGGUAACUUGUUCAGAACACUGCCUUCAGAAAUACUUGAAGAUGACCCAAAGAAUAUCAAUGCGCUUUCAGGAAUAUCAUAUUCAACAAAAUGAAGCGUUAGCAGCAAAAGCAGGACUCAUUAGCCAACCUCGCAUAUAACAAAGGACCA